AUGUCUGAGCGAGAGAUUCUCAACAAUGCAGAAGGUUGGUGGUGGCAGUGGUCUCUGCAAGGUCCCGGAAAUUUCGCCUUCAAGGUAUUCUUCAUCGCUGCGCUUGUCUGUGCUGCCCUGUCAGCAAGUGCGGAAAUCUACGUCGACUCGUACGACAAGCACACCUUCCAGGUGUACGUAGCACAAGACGCUCAUAAAAAUCACUCCAACAGUCGAAAUAGCCGCCCUGCUCUCACAUACGAGACCCGAAGAGGUUUCUGGUUCCAGGAGGACAGGAUUUUGAGCCUUGACAACCAGGCAUGGGGACAUGUGACACUGAUAGGUCACCUUUAUUAUACGUCUCGCAAUCUCGUGGCUCACCAUUGUGAUCCCUCGAAUGGUGAGGCGUCCGCACUAACCACCCACGUAGUGGUGGCAAUGCUGCUAUGUGCCAUCUUCCUCCUUCUCCUCUCCCUCCUUCAUCUGGGGAUGUCACUGCGUAGAGGCUGUCCAAUGCUACUGAUGCUAACUCUGAGCUGCAACUGCCUUUUUACUGCUCUGGUGGUGCGACUUCUCCGCGGUCUUGAAAUGCACGCCUGUCUGACUGAGCAUUCGUGGCAAAGACUGCCUGCACCACGUCUGCAACUCAGAAAAAACAUCUCCAUCGUGUGCUUCCAGGAGACCGCCUGGAGUCUUGACACAGAGAGCGCCGGUGUUGAGUUUCUCUUCUUCCGAUUCAGUGGUCUCAUUCUCAUUCACAUUGCUACUGCACUCCUCUUUUUCUCUUGGGCUUUUGGUGACAAGCGGCUAACCGCAGGACACUGGUCCCUAGGGAGAAACGAGCUCGAACCCUCAUUGACUCAGUCUUCCCGAUCAGAGGGCCUAGUGGCAACGAUGGGAUGCGGUGUAACGUGUUCACAACUUCGUUCAUCCACCUCCGUCUUCAGACUCCUUGAUCGGAAAGACUGA